AUGAUUACCAAACCAGUGGCACUUCCACUCCAUACAUCAUCGUACAAUUCACCCAAAAGAUUGAUGAGACCUCCCAGCACACCAAAUCUAAGAACUUCAUCAACAGUAAGGCCAAGAUCAACUUCCUCGUCAUCUUCGAGUCAAUGUUCUUCACCAGCAAGAAGUUCUUCUACGAAGGCCGCUUCUCCAAUUCGUGGCGGGAGAAGUUCAUACCAGGGUACCAUUUCGGUAGGGGUAAGAAUCAAGCCUACUCAUGGAAAACAAGAUUCUUGGCACGUAAAUAACAACUCCAUUAUUCAUGAAGAGUUUGGGGAAUUUAACUUCGACCAUGUUUUCAGUCCGGAGAUGAAUAACGAUCGAGUAUAUGAGACUAUGGCAUUGCCUAUGAUAGAUAAAUUAUUCGAGGGAUUUAAUUGUACAAUUUUCGCUUAUGGUAUGACUGGUUCAGGUAAGACAUAUACCAUGAGUGGAUCCAAAUCAGGUCCUGGUAUAAUACCCAUGUGCGUUGACACUAUUUUCGAUCGUAUCAAUGUGGGAUUACCUCGCAAAAAGUUUACUGUCAGAGUAUCCUAUUUGGAAAUUUACAACGAGAGAAUAUUUGAUCUAUUGAAUUUACCACAGGGCAAAACUUUAAAUAGCAAUAUUAUGGUGCCCAGUUCGACAUUGACUAAUGAUCUUAAGCUUCGAGAUGACUUGAAAUACGGGGUUAAAGUUGUUGGUUUAGUUGAGAGAAAUGUUAGCAGUAAUAAAGAGUUAAUGAAGUGCAUAUCGAUUGGAGAUCAUAACCGUAAGACUGGAGAGACUGAUUUUAAUACAAGAUCCUCUAGAUCUCACGCUGUGGUCCUUAUCCGUGUAUUCUGCACCGAUGAAAUAACUGGCGAGCAAGUGAUGAGUACAUUAUCUCUGUGUGAUUUAGCUGGGUCCGAAAGAGCUACGGGGCAACAAGAAAGAAGGAAAGAGGGAGCUUACAUCAACAAAUCGUUAUUAGCUCUUGGAACAGUGAUAUCUAAAUUGAGUAUGGAAAGUUCGGGCCUUUCUACAAAUGUAGGCCAUAUUCCAUACAGAGAUUCCAAGUUAACAAGAAUAUUACAACCUGCACUAAGCGGGGACUCGUUAGUCGCUACCAUAUGUACUGUGGAUACAAGGCCCGAGACAAGUACGGAAUCUAUCAAUACGAUACGGUUCGCCAGCAGGGCAAAAAACAUCAGUUUGGCUGUAAAGCGUAACGAAGCCGACAGCAACGUAAGCAAGAGCCAAUUAAUCCAAACAUUGCGGAAACAAGUACGAGAACAGCAAAUAACCAUCGACAAUUUGACCAGGGGGAAAGGUUUCAUUGGAUCCGGAAUAAGUUCAGAUACAUCACUACUAAGGGAGAACGAGCUUCUAAAGAUGAAGGUAGAACAUUAUGAAAGACUGGAAACGUUAGAACCUAGUAUCUUGAAAGAUACCGAAUUAGUGGAAAUCAUUGACAUGCUCCCACAGGAUAUUGGUGUGAUGUUAGAGACAAAAUUGGUCAACAUGGACUCUCAAUUACAAGAGUCGAAGAGGUAUAUAUCACAGCUAGAGAGUGCAAGGACUCGAGAUGCUUCUGCCACUGCAGCCACUGCAGAGUUGCUGUCCAAUGUAUCAGAUAUCGAUUUGACACAAGUGUUACAUGAACAAGAGCAAGAAUUGAUGCAGUUGCAUCAAUCUCUUGAAAGGAAGGAUAAAAUGAUAGAAGCGUUGAAGAGCGCGAAGAGACUAAGACAACAACUUGCAGAGUACACGGGAGAAGCUGUGUCUGCUACUGACUCCGACAUUGAGAUUGGAACCGCAACUGCUGCUAACGUUCUCAAACCGAUAUCGCCGAAUGCCAGCGAUUUGAACAGACAAGAAAGACCAAUUACGAUUGGAAGCGGUACAAGUAUCACAACUACCAGCGACAGCAGCGGUACUGGCAGUGAUUACCUAAAACCCGUACCGAAGUACUCCAUUGCAUCAGAUGUAUUUCCGAAAUCAGUUCUAUAG